UAUUUUUUUAUCUCAUUGUAUCAAGUGUGUUUUAUUUCUGUUUUAUGUUCAUUCUAUGUAAAUUUCCUCUUAUUGUAAAACACUUUGUGCUGCAUUUCGUGUAUGAAUAAAGUUUUUUAUUAAUAUAUUAUUGUUAUGUUAACUUUCUGAUGGUCUCCAUUUUAUAAUUUCACACUUUACUCACCUUUAAUUAAGGAUUUCCUCUCCCUCCAGCAGCACCCAGCAGCAUCACGUCCUGCAGCCUCCUCCAUCAUCCUCCUCCAUCCUGUUGCUCAAAUCAUAAUAACUUCUCCAAUGACGCAGCCAGGAGUCAGAGAGGAGAGGGUGUGUGUGACACGAGCCUUCAUAUUUCUCUGACGUGAGAUAGAAACUCUCAGAAGAGCAAGAAGUCAAGCGGACACAUCAGCCAACAACUUCACAACAUCCUGCAGAAGAGAGAGAGAGCAGAGAGAAGAGAGCGAGAGAGGAAGAGGAGAGAAGAGAGGAUGAGGACCUUCCAGAGACUCAGCAGCCUGCAGCAGCGUGGAGCCUCCAGCAGCCUCCAGAACCCCCACAGACCUGGUCCAGGUCCAGGUCCCAGUACCGGUCCCAGCAGCCCCAGCAGCCCCAGCAACAGCCCCCUCAGCACGGCCAGCAUCACCCUCACAGCCCUGCUCAUCCUCUCCAUCCCAGUCUGCAAAAGUGCUCCAGCAGAACUUCAGCAAGCCACAACAGAUCCGAGGCAGCUACUCAGCCAGAUAGACGCUGUGUGCUCAUCCUACCUCUCUGCAGACCGGGAGAUUUGGGCUUCUGAUGUCUUAGGAGAACUCUGUGUCCUGAUGCUGGUUCAGAAGUCAAAGGAGCUGAAAGUGCAAGAAAAUAGUAAAAGGACCCCUCUGUCGCACCCUCUCCUGCGUCUCGUUCAUCAACUCCAUACCAGAAGAGAGAGAGGACUCUCAAUGCGCGCUGAACUCCAGGGACCUGGGGGCAUCCAGAGCAGAGGUUACUUCCUCUAUCGGCCACGAAAUGGAAGACGAUCCUUAGAAUAUGAGUGAAUUAAAGAGUUGCCCCCUCUGGAGCUGAGUGUACAGAGACAACAGAGACCCUGAGACCCGAAACGCUGCACCACGACUGAGUGACUUCAACCACAGCCCUCUGCCACUGCUGUAUAGUGAUAUCUGAAUGUACACAAACAAUAUGAUUAAAACACUAUUUCAUUUGUCCAGAUUUUAUUUUGUGUUAUACGUGUGUCAUUUGCAUUAAAACUGCUACAAUGUG